AUGUGUGAUAAUAGUAUCGAUAACACUUCUGUAGGAAACCUAUACAUUUCAGCUUAGUUACUGAUUAUUUACAGUUAUCAAUUUAUAUUUUUGCACAACUUUUUCAAUAGAUGAAGCAGUUAACAGUAAAACUUCUCAAAGUUAAAGUAUAUUUCCUCUUAAAAUUACGUAAGUACUUCCUUGAAUGUCCCAGUGAAGUGUUUGUCUGCUGUUACUACAGUUAGGACGAGGUGAUCAACUGCUGCUUAGUAAAACAAUUUGACAGAGAUAAAGGUAAAUCUUUCUAGUCACUCCUUCUGUCAUCAGAGUGGUGUUAUCGGUUUUCGAGUAGAUACGUCCUAUCAAAGUACUUUGAAUAUUAUAAAGUGAUGUCACUAAAUUUACCGAUGACGUUAAUGCAGUCACGCGCUACUUCUCUAAGCAGAAAUAUUAAUUUCGGAUGCCAUAUUUUCAAUUGUAUGAAAUGAUAAUACAGAAAUCGAAUAUGCAGGAUCUUCACGACUUCAGUUCACAUUAAGAAAAAAUCAUUGAGAUCGAAUCAAAGAAAUGGCAGAGGCAGAAGCUGCAAGUGACGAGAAGAAUGUCCUCGUUUGUCCUGUUAAUUACAAACAUGUUGCAAAUGCAACGUAUAGUGUGACGCAAAAUGAAAAUAUAUUUAAAGAAAUAUUAAAGGAGGAGAAUUGUAAUCAAUCUCCAACGAUGCUCAAGAACUGUACACAAGUUCACGUUGGACCGCGGAUACAAAUUCAUUCUGAAGAGCCGAAUGCAAGUCGCUUAAAGAAAGAAAAAGAAGAAAGGAAUGAAAUGUUCGACAAUUGCUGCCAGAAGUUAAAGGAAAAAUAUCUGACUUAUUUUUCUUAUAUGAGGUCUUUUUUGUGGGAUGGAAAGAGAAACGAUUUUCCAUUAAAGGAUUACUUUGUAGAAUUAACUGUAGAGAAAGCAGAUUUAUUUGGAAACAAAAGCGGAGAGAAAAUAAGUCUGAAUGAGAUAUUUGCCUUAGAACAAGAUGGACACCAAACUAUUUUAGUUACAGGAGAUCCCGGUUGCGGUAAAUCUACUUUAUGCAAGAAAAUUGCCUACGAUUGGACAUCCUCCAAUUAUCUGCAACAUUUUCAAUUAACUUUCGUUGUAAUGUUAAGAGAAUUAGGCGAUAAAAGUGUAAAAGAUGCAUUAUCCGAUAAUAUUCAUGAGUUAACUGAUAAAAAUUGGAAACUGCAAGAUAAAAAACUGAACGUUUUGGUUAUUUUAGACGGGUUCGAUGAGAUUCAAGAUAAAUCUAAAAUUAUAAAAUUUAUAAGAGACGAAUCUUUCGAUAUUUCUCGCACAAUCACUAUUUUGGUAACGAGUCGACCUCAAGCAGUGGAAGAGAUCAGAGAGGACAUGAAGAUGAGAUUAGUGAUCAAAGGGUUCUCUCCAGAAUAUCAAGAAAAAUAUGUUCAAAUAAUGUUUAGAGAAGAGGAAAGUAAAGCGAACGAACUGAUUUCUGCACUAACAGAAAACAUUUUUUACCGAGAAAUAUCAGAAUGUCCUCUGAUGCUGCACAUGUUGUGUUGCCUUCAUCGGAAUGGCGAAAUUGUUAUGCUUGAAACGAUGGCUGAUUUAUACAUCAAAAUAUUUACUCUUAUAACUGAACGUUACGUUAGGAAAACUAAUCAAAAAGAUAAAUUUAAAAGAGGAAAAUAUUUUGUAGGAGAAAAUUUGCUAAUGAAAUUCAGAAGAUUAGAGAGGUACAAAUUUGUUAUCACAUCAGAAGAUUUGGUGGCUUUAUUUCCGAAUGAAGUUGAACACAAUUUCAUUACUGGAGUGGACAUUCUUACUCUGGAUUCCUUUUCUGAAUGCGAUAAUAUCAUCCGAUACAGUUUUGUUCAUCGGACAUUUGGCGAAUUUCUUACAGCUUUAUCUAUAUAUUUCGGAUUUAUUAAAUUUCCAUCUAUUCCAUAUGAUAUGGAGUUAUUAUUUUUAAUGGGACUUUAUAAGGAUAAACCUUUACCGAAACAGUUUUUUAAACAUGUAGAGAGAGAAAAGUUUAUGCCUGAAUUCCUUCUCCGCGCUCACAAACAAAUCAAACUGAAAACAAAUUGGGAACAAUUUCGUUUUCGUGCAAAAGUGAAAUUUUAUCUUUAUGAAUUGCUGAUUAGUUAUGAAAAUUAUGAUGAUUUAUUUAACUUGUAUGAAUUCAAAGAAGUGUACUUAUAUUUUUUCGCGACCUUAGCAGAAUACAUUAAAUACGAGGAUUGCCUCUUGAGCCACUGGAAUUAUACGAAUAAUUUUAAGAUUUAUUUUGUUCUCUUACUUGACAAAAAAAUUUCGAAUAAUUUAUACGAUAUCAGAGAACCUGUCUCACGCAUUAUCUUAAUAAUGAACGUAAUUAACGUAGACAUUUAUUUUGUUGGCGUACAUUGUUCUGUGGAUAGUUGUUUCAGGAGGUUCACCAACGUAAAAUACAACUUGAAUUCGUCUGACAUCCGGAAAUCAUUAAAUAUAAGUGAAGACGAGAUGUUGGUUGCAUUGGAAACUGUCGACGAUUCGGAACAAUCUAACAGUUUCGUCCUCUCAUUCGAGCAAUACGAAACUUUACGCAAUCGUAUCUUAUUUACUUCUGCCAGUAAACAGAAUUUAAAAUGUGAAAUAAUAUAGAAUUCUUUUAAAAUAUAUAUUAAGUUUUCUAUGAAAGAAUCGUGUAACCUCCUUUUAUGAAAUUACAGCUAUUUAUCACUGACGAACUUCCGCAUAAUGAAAUGGUUAUACUAAAUUGUUGAACGUUGUGAGUCGUCGUUUAAAACAUUUUUGUAAUAUUAUAACAUAUGUAAAAAAUAAAUAAUUGUGUAAACAUAUAAGUCUUAUGUUUGAAAUUGCUUUUUUUAAUAUUUAAUGCUUGUUUUGCAGUGUUACAGAUUCACUAGCGAACAAUUUACUUUAAUUGCUGUUUCGACAAUACGUUAAAUAUGAGGUGAUUGUGAAAUACAUAGGAAAACAGAAAAUAAAAUACAGCAAACUGCCCGUAGAAAAAGAUAUCAAUUUCACUCAAAUCAAAUGUGGCAAACAUGUUAAAAACUAUUUGGACUUUUCUUGUAUAAAUUAAAAUAACUUUUUCGCAUCAAAAUUUAGCGUGGAGGAUUGGUAUUGGUCAGUAUUGUUAUGAUAAAAAUCAACGUCGUAUAAAGGUUAGAAACGAUGGAAAAUCUUAAAGCAUUUAAAUUUUUAUCUUAUUCUUUCAUACAGAAUAAGAAAUUCCAUUUAACUUUAUAAGGGGUAGUGAAAUAACUGGAUAUUUUCGAAAAAUAAUAAAAAAGUACAGUAGACCACCGUAUAACACUGUU